GAGGUGACCACGUCGUGUGCACUAACGUUUGGACACUACAGCGAAGACAUUGAUGGCCAGUCCGUGGUUAAUUGCCUUAGUGACUACGCUACUCGUCGCUCUUGCAGGUAUAUACGUGUCAUAUCAACGCGAUACCCCAGCAUCCUAUCUGCGCAAAACCACCGCUGAGCUCCGUACAGACUACGACUAUGUUAUUGCUGGAGGUGGUACGGCGGGUUGUGUGCUGGCCGCGCGUCUAUCGGAGGACUCGGACAGCACCGUGCUACUGCUGGAGGCGGGAGGCAGCGAGCUAGAAGACUCGCUGACUCGCUGGUUGACGCGUCUGCCAACUCUAACCCCGUCUCUCAUGCUGCUGCCUCAUCUGUCCUGGCAAUACAGGACCGUGCCGCAGGCACAGGCAGCAUACGGAUUCACUAACAAACAGAUAGCGUGGCCCGCGGGCAGGAUGCUAGGAGGCAGCAGCGCCACCAAUUACAUGCUCUACACACGCGGCCUCUCCACCACAUACGACGCUUGGGCAGCAGGGGGCGCCACCGGCUGGAGUUAUGCCGACGUGAAGCCGUUCUUUGAAAAGGUUGAGCAGGUCAUCGAGUUAACGCCAACGAGCGCCACCUACUUUCAGACACUUACAGACGCCUUCCUCGCUGCUGGCAAGUUUUUGCAGAGAUCGUAUUCUAACGGACGGGCCAGCAUUGGUGACUUUUAUCAGUUGAGUUCAGCGAUGGUAGACGGUAAAAGGUGGCAUGCGGGUAUCGGAUAUCUAUUCCCCGCACUGAACAGACCGAAUCUACACGUAAUGACACAUGCACACGUGACGAAGGUCAACAUCGACGGCAAGCGGGCGACAGGUGUCAGCUUCCAGACGCAGAGCGGCGAGGAGGCGGUCGUCAUGGCAACGAAGGACGUGAUCGUGUCCAUGGGAGCUGUCGGUUCGCCUACCCUGCUGAUGCUGUCCGGGAUAGGCCCCCGAGCACACCUGCAAUCACUCGGAAUCGAGGUAAUUGCAGACCUGCCGGUUGGACAGAACCUUCAGGACCAUCUGUUCGUUCCCGUGCGAGUUACGCUCAACACAAGCGUCAGCUUCACCGAAGCCAAGGUGACCACUGUGAGCGAGCUACUCAAAUACGCUCUGCUAGGCACAGGUAUGCUUACCGAGUCCGUGGGCAUGCCAGCAGCUGGGAGUGUGAAGCUGGGAGAUGAAUCCACGGCCGAGCUGUUUCUUUACCUUCUCAACAUCGGCUCUACGUCACGUCUGUACCAGCUUAUCUCAGGAUUAAGCGAAGAGGCAUGGAGGCGGUUCGCACCAGGCAUAUACGAUCCGUCGGCUGAAGGCUGUUUUAUCGCACCUACGCUGGUGUACGCUCACGCCCGGGGAAACAUUACCCUGGCCAGCAGAGAUCCAUUUCAGUUCCCUUCCAUCAAUCCGCAAUAUCUAAACAACGACCAUGACGUAGAGGUGCUAAUACAGGGUAUCAGGCUGGCGAUCAAGAUGGCGAUGACGCAACCAUUCCAGGCGCUUGGUGCCACUUACCACAUACCUGAUUUUCACCUCUGCGCCCAUCACCCUGCCGACACCGACGCCCUCUAUGGCUGCAUAGUUAAACACAUAGCGAUGACCAUGUACCAUUAUGCGGGGACGUGUAAGAUGGGCCGGUCCAGUGACCCAGCGACUGUUGUUGACCCUCAGCUCAGGGUGAAGGGCAUAUCGGGCCUGCGUGUGGUUGACGCGUCCGUAAUGCCCGCCAUCAGCGGUGGCAACACAAUGGCGCCCACACUGAUGCUGGCAGAGAAGACCGCAGUUGAUAUCCGGCAACAACAUCGCUCACGAUAAGCCCUAACGCGCCAACGGUGGAGGAACCUCCUUCGGUGUGUUUCGUGUCCGAUAGGUGGAGUCGCCGCCGGCAACGCCAUCUGGGAGAUAAGUGGCACUCCAAGAAGAGCGAGGAAGGAGGACUAGUGUGUCGCAUACUUCGUUUACUAUGGCAUCUACCUUCGACCGGCGGGGAUGUAUAUAGUUCGGGAAUUUAUACGUUUAGCCCGCAGCACACGCUGUGGAUCUUGCGGCGCAGCAAGUUUCACAGCGUGUGCGGAUGUGAAAUCCCUCGAACUGGGUCGUGUGGAAAAUAUCACGUUUGAUAUGUUAAUUCUUCCAUGUGUGGAAGUUUGAACACCGUGUGCGGUGUGUGUGUGUGUGUGUGUGUGUGUGUGUGUGUGU